AUGCUUCAAAAUAAUUCAAAAAGUAUUCCCUUCAAUCACCAUGACCCCAAGUAUCAGUGUUGCUGUAAUGCAAUUCACGUAAAGCAAGGAGCACGUGCUAUUGCUAUAAACGUACUACUUUUCAUCACUGGCAAUAUUAUAUUUAAAGCGCUUGGCUUGUUGGAUAUAAGAUCAAACUUGGAGCUUAUUCUGCUCAUUAUCAAUGCCGUAGUUGUGAUAUCAUUGUUGUACGGUAUUAUCACUGAGAACGCAAGACUGUUACAACCAUUUGUCAUACUUAAUGUAUUAACUGUAAUACUUUUAUUGUUAUUGGCAAUAUUUUUCAUUAGUGCGGCAUAUGAUCCACGUUCAUUUGCUGCGGAGUACGUCAAGUAUGCCAUAAAGUCUCAAAUCAAGCAAAUCACGCAAAAUACUUCAAUUUCUCAAGAAGAAGAUGUUGCUAUGACCUUGUCAGUAUUUCUAACAGUAGCCGUGGCUUUGCUAGCGUUGAUUCAUUGCUGGUUUAUAUACAUAAUUAUUCGAUGUGCGAGAUAUUUUCGGGAUUUACAACCCAUAAAACAAAGUUUCAUGGAUGGUUAUACUGCAGAAUGGCUAAGAGAUUCUUGCCUCUUUGUUGACAAUCCGAUACAAAUGCAAACGUAA